UGAGACCUGACUGAACCGUGCGUCAUCAUCACAAAAUUUCUGCCUCCUCAACUUUCUCUUCUCUUCCCUACUCAAAAACAACCCGCCCCUCACUCCCAGCCAUCUGUCUACCAACCACCACUACCACCCUUUAUCACCACCACCGCUCCCUUCGUACCACUCUUUUCAAUUCUCCGAACCGCUCGCUAACAAUCUCGCUUCCGACAUCACAGUCGCCAUGCGUUCUUCCGCCGUCGCCGUGGGCUUCGUCAGCCUGUUGACGCUCGCCGCUGCAUCGGUGACAACCAGUGAGAUUACCGUCGUUGCAUACACGACUCCUGCGGGCAGCUUGAUCAUCCCGGUACUGACGACAGAGAUAGUGACAGUGACGGUGACUGCGCCUAGCUGUGGCUUCGGUGAGUGCUCAAGUGCUUCCCCGUCAAUCCCCUCAAGCACCAGCACCAUCAAUGCCCUCACUAUCCUGUCCUCUGCCCUGAGCUCGCUGCAAAGCACCCACUCCUUCAUCACUACUAUCGCUCCUCUUUCCUCCCUGCCUACCGUCACAUCAUUAUCUACCCCAACCCCAUCCACCUCAUUACCCGUAACAUCACCCUCACCACCCUCCACAACAUCACCGUCAUCCACAUCCAUACCCACCAGCAAUGCACUAUCCAUCCUGUCCGCCGCCGAACCCACCACCACCACUUACACCUUCGCCCCUGCACUCUUCUCAAGCUACGGCUUGACGAUAAGUGCACGCAGCUCACCAUCCACCUCGCAAACCACAGUUCCCACCCUGACCACCACCACGAAAGAGACCACGACCGCCGUCUCUCCCGUCACCACGACCACCACUCCCGUCACCAAGACCGAGACCCCCGCUUCGACGACCAUCACCGUCUCCAGCUCGGCCAUCACGGUCCCCAUCCCCGUCACCCUCCACAGCAGCGCUCUCAGCAGCUACCUGAGCUCCGUCUCCUCCUCCUUCGAGAGCCACGUCUCCUCCGCCCACUCUGCCGCCUCCCCCACGACGCAGACCACCACGGAAGUCAAGCCCAGCACCACGACCACCCACACGACCACCAAAUCAGGCGAGACCGUCGGAGCGCACUCGACCUCCACCACCUCGACGCCCACCACCAGCGCCACGUCGACCAACGCUCCUCCCAAGAACGGCGCGGGCAAAGCCUCCACCGUCGGCACGGGCGGCACGCUCGGCAUCGCGGCCAUGCUGCUGCUGUCGAUUAUGACGGCCGCGCACCUCGACUUCGUCUGAUGUUCCGCCUUGCACUUCUUCCUGCCUUGCCCUCUUCGUUCUUGAGAAGCUGGGCUUGGCGUGCAUGCAUGGUUUUCGGGCGUUGGUGUGAUGAUCACAAGGAUAGGAAAGGAAUACCCCACGGCAUGGUUUAUCAAGGCGAUGGAAUGAAAUGUGGGGACGUGUGAAUCGGAAAUGAAAAUGGAAAUGGGAAGGGAGGAGUCAUCCAGUGUGCUGUACUCGUAGCUUCGA